CCAUACAUCAUUUAAUAAUGCCUUCUUCACCUUUAAAUGCAAAAUAUUAAUUCUAAAUUCUAAAAGAAGCUUUCACAUUUUUCCAUUAAUAAAGAUUAUUACUUUACCUCCAUUAUUUCCACUGGAUUAAUUAGUUUUGCUCUCCUAGAUCUUGAAUUUCUGAGCCGGGCUCGACUUAAUCACAUUAGCUUUUGUUUCUUGAUUUGUGGGGCUUUAGUCAUAAUUCGUUCUUGCUCGAGAAGAGAAGCGGAAAUAACAAGAAAUUAGUUUCAGUUUUCUUGAAAACUGUAAUUAGCUGUAAGUUGAGCUUGGAUCUGAGGGGUAGUAGUAAUAGUUUACUGUGUAAAAGUGUAAGUGUAAUUUCUCCAAUUUCCUCUUUUUAAAAUUUUUAUGCGAAAUUCUUGAUUUAAUGAGUUUACUUGAGCUGUGAAUUUUUGUUCUGUUAAUUUUGUCACCUUUGUUUUUAGGGUAUUUUUACCUUCUGUUUGUUUUGUUUGUUUCUGGGUUUUGCAUGGCUUGAUUUCUCUUCCUUAUUUUUCAUGUGAUUGUGGCAAAAAAUUUAAUCUUUUUGGAUUUGGGAUGAGGUUAGAGAAGGUUUCAGGUUUGUACACUGGAAAAAAUCCUUAUUGUGUCUGGAAUUCUCUAGAUUCUAGAUGUUUCAAAUUGUGGGUUGGAAUUAAGAAAGCCCAUCUAUGGUAUUUCCAUUUUUAGCAUAUGGGAAAAUAUUUAGCCUUAAUUGUUCCCUAUUUUAACAUUUCUUGAUCAAUUAUGAAUCUUGCUAACCUACAUGUUGUUAGAUUUCGUUACUUCUGGUAAACUUUUAUGAACUCAAGUUUAUGUGGUUGAAAUUUUUUCAAGGGAUGUCAGGAUUUUAGCAUUAGCAUAUCGCAGAGAAUCUGCAUUAGAGAGGCUAUGGAUUCGGAUAAAGCAAUGGCUUCUGGAGUGACAGUUAUCGGGCACGGAGCUCCAUCGACAUACCAUGUAGCUCCAAGGAUGGAAAGUUCUGAAUUUGGAACUUCUCAAAUGACUCCACCAGUGAUGAAUGCAGCAGGCUCGGAGAGGAAGAAGAGAGGCCGGCCUAGGAAGUAUAAGCCGGACGAGUCACCAAGCAGAGCUUUUUCUUCGGUGCAGGUAUCAUCGUCUGCUCCACCUACUGCUGGCAAGGCCUAUGGGGAGGAUGUUAAGCCAGGUACCCUGGCCCAGGCCACCACUUCCGAGAAGAAGCAUAAGAGUAAAAUCGGAACAGAAAAAUUAGAUGACUGGAUUAAAUGUUUAACUGGCUCAAGUUUUUUACCGCAUGUGAUCACUGUGAAUGCUGGCGAGGAUAUCUCGUUGAAGAUAAUGGAGUUCUCUCGACAAGGGCCGCGAGCUGUGUGCAUAAUAUCUGGCAGCGGGAGAGUGUCAAAUGUGACACUUCGACAUCCUAAUUCCUCUGGUGGAAUUUUGACUUAUGAGGGUCUUUUUGAAAUCCUUUCCUUUUCUGGAUCCUUCACGCCAACGGAGAUGCCAGACAAAUACGGAAGAUCCGGUAUGAUGACCAUAACCUUGUCUGGAGCUGAUGGUCGUGUCGUGGGAGGUUUGGUUUCUGGAUUGACAGUUGCUGCCACUCCAGUAAAGAUUGUUGUUGCAAGUUACCUAGUGGGAAUUUCCCAUGAGCUAAAACCAAAGAAGCAGCAGUACACAGUUAAUGCAUCGGUUCCGGGUGGCUCCCCUUUGUCGAACCAGGACAAGAAUAUCUCCGGCAACAUCCAAAGGCCUAGCUGCUUCAGCUCUGCUGACCACCCCACUGGCUGGGCAGCAAUUCAGACUGCAGAAAAGUCGAGGAGUUCCACGGCCGACAUCAAUAUAUCACUGCAGGGAUAGUCUUAACAAUCAUGAUGUUUGACUCUUGGUAGGAACUAGUAGUAGUAAACUUAUCAUUGUCUCCCUCCUUAACAAGUGACCUCCAUGACACACUGCUGCAUAGCAUUGAUGCUCUUUUCACUAUUCUUGACAUGUAUUGAUGGUUAUCGGGGUUGUGCAAUGACAGAUUUCGUUUUAA